CAAACAAUAUGGCGGCAAAUUUUUUCAAAAAAUAUUUUUUUGUUUAUAUUUUUGUCUCAUUUGGCAUAUUUAAAGGAUUAUUUGCUGCAAAUCAUAUCCCAUAUCAGACACCGACUGACUGCAAAAAAGGUGCUACCGAUGACCCUCAUGAAUAUUACGAUAUAUCUCAGAUGAAAUGUGAGAGCUGCUCCCAGGAGGUUGCUUUUCAAACAGCCAGUGCUGAUGGUCUGAAGUGUGUAUGUCAGAAAGGCUACUAUUUGACACAAGAUUUUGGUGGAAAAGACAUCCAGUGCCAAGCCUGCCCACCAAACACAGUUACGUCAGCUAACGGUUGGGCAUGUGUAGCAUGUGGCGCUGGUACGCUUUAUGACGUCACAUCAGAGGAUUGUCAACCAUGUGUUGAUACGGCAGUAGCAGUGGAGAGACUCCAAGAUGGUACUUGGAACCAGAAUUCCCAGGGUAACAAUGCCAGAACCUGUGUAGCAUGCACUGCAAACACCAAGCCAAGUAAUGGGAACUCCAGGUGCGUUAGGUGCAACCAGGUACUCUCUGUACUUCCCUCACAGAGUUCCUGUCAAUGUCCAGAUGCUCAAAGUACUGGAGGAUUGUGUUUCAAACAGGAAGAAGAUAUUAUAGAAAAUGCAGGGGGUCUCUACACUGUCAAAUAUAAUGAUGGCACAGAGAUAUCCUCUGAUUGGUUCUUCCAGAAUAUUAAAGCUGUUGUUGGGAUGUGCGGGGUCCCCUAUAGUAACCUCACAGCAUGUCAAGCUCUCUCAAACAUGUGUGUUCUGACCAUGUACACACGUGUAAACAUAGAUACAACUAGGGUAGAUGCUUGUAACUUUUACUCAACAUAUUCAGAGUCUGUGCCACUCAAUAUGCCAUGGCUGUACUAUCUCGACUCAAACACGGAGAUAACUCUAGACGAUACAAGUAUCUCAACAGUCUAUGAGUUCAACUCACAAGACAGCGUGUCGAAGCUUAAAAUAAAAGCUGCUAGGUAUACAGUCAACGGGACAUUUCUCGGAAUUAGUGAUGUCACGGGUGGUAUGUUACAGCUAUGUAAAGACUCUACUGAGAAAAUGGAUGCAGCGUAUACAUUCGGGACAACCUACAGUCAAAAGUGUGACAUUGACAUCAAAACAUUCUGGGACAGCAAGGAUUAUGAGACUAUGAUCUUCUAUGAUCUAUACUUGGACUAUAUGAAGGAUGGCAAAAGACGCCUAUAUGCUAUUCCAGUGUUAAUACAAAACUACCGUGAUGAUAAUGACAACAGGCCCAAUUUGAACAAUGAUGGCACAAAGUGGCAACUGAUGCGUAGAUUUUUCCUCGUUGAUAAUGUCAGUGGACGGAAACAGGCUUCAGAGGGUGCACCAUCACUGAGAGCAGAAAGAGUGCGCUAUGCAUAUAAUAUCUCUCUCAACAUUCGACUACAAGAGGAGUUAGGUUCGGGAAAGAUCUACCCACCAUUGGUAAUGGUUCAUUAUGAAGAAGCAAAGUUGGAGGACUAUGACAAGGGAGCUAAAGUUGAGGUGAAGUUUAAUGUCGAGUAUGAAAUGGAUUUGACAAAAUACAACACUGAUGUUUCCAUAGCGAUGGGUGUUUUGAGUGUGUUCGCUCUUCUUUACUCAGGAUUCCAGGCAUGGGGCUGGGGUAAAAGAGCUGGCACACUGGGUAUAGACUUUGUGACGCUAGUGAAGUUUUUCCUGUUCAGCUGUGCCAAUAUUGGAAAUGUUCUAUUUGUGGUGAUGUUUGGAGCAUCUGCAUGGUGGCUCAUAUUCUUUAAGAGGCAGAACAUAGUGUAUCUUGUACUUCCAAAGCCCUGGCAGGAACAAUGGUUCAUUGUGUAUCUCUCCAUAGCUUUGGUGCUGAAAGUCAUAGAAAUGAUCCAUCUUGUCAUUUGUCAGGUGACAGUUGACAUUUUCUUCAUGGACUGGGAACGGCCAAGGGGGAAGAUUGUCACGUCAACUGAGCCAAGCAAGAAGGACAAAGAAGCUCCCGUGUCCAUCUGGCGGACAUAUUUUGUAGCUAAUGAAUGGAAUGAGCUCCAAACAGAGAGGAAAUUGAAUGAAAUAUUCCAGAUUCUAUGUUCAGUCCUCUUUCUCAAUGUUAUAGGAUUCGAGAAUUUUGCAACACGGGACCCCUGGAGCUCAAUAACAGUCAGUGAAACAGCAUAUGUGGCAUCACACAGUAGAAUAUGUCGCUUUGCCAUAGCAGUUACUGUAUAUCUAGUCAUAGCAUUAGUCCAAUGGAUUUUCUACACAGCAAUCUACGAAAGAUUCAUCGAGGACAAAGUCCGCCAGUACGUGGAUCUCUGCUCUAUGAGUAAUGUGAGUGUCUUCAUCAUGGAGAACUCCCAGUUUGGUUACUACAUCCAUGGCAGGUCUGUACAUGGCAGGGCAGACACAGAUAUGAGAGAAAUGCAUGAACAGCUUAAGAGAGAAGAGGAGGAUUUGUGUGGUCACAGAGGACUACUACCUAAUACAGAGCAGCAAACAUUCCAAAUAGCAGUUCCACGGAGACUCAGGCAGCAGUAUGAUAGGGUUCUUCUGCCUCUGAAUCAGCCUCAGCAACAAGGCCCGGCAUCUAGAGUAGAGAAAGGCCAGGGAGGGGUCAGUAUACAAGGAACACAAGUAGAGAAGUUUAUAGAGGCUUACAAGAUUAUCAACAGAUUCUUCUCUGCAUUUGUAGACCACUCUUUACGAGAUCUGGAUUAUGUUGUGCGUGACAAGCUGUUACUAGAGAGUAUACUAAAUGUUGAAUUCCAAGACUCAUCGGAGAAAGGCAUUUUCUUCAAUGAUGGAGGCCAUUCCUUUGACUCUGUACUAUUCUAUGGCAGAGAGAUGACAUUGGUUCUCUUUGAGGUUAUGGUAUUUUGUAUAACAGAUCUUGCGUCACAAAACUUUGUUCUUGCGGGGAUCAUCACCUAUGCUGUUAUGGAGGUGUUGAAAAUGAUAAGAGACAGUGCAGGAAGAAAGAAUCUUGCCAAGAAAACCCUGGUAGAUGAACGAUUCCUCAUAUAGUACCCUCCCUAUUCCUUGUAAAUGAUGUGUUUUGGUAUAAAGCCGAGGAUGAAUGAUACCUUAUAAACACAUACUUAAGAUGACAUGAAGAAUGCCAAUGAGACAGAUGAGCGACCUUGACCUCUUUGACAGUUGAAUAAGCACUAUCAUUGAUGAGGCUUAAAAAUAAAUGAAUGAGGCAUUGAGGCAAAAUAUGACAAGAUGAAUGAGGAUUUAGAUGACACAUGAACUCUGUGCCUCUUGUAAAAGUCCCAGGGUUCUUUUACGUCAUUCGUAAAAAAUAACAAGAGUUCGGGAUUCAGGUGAUUUAAUCGUCCAUUUACUUUUUCCAUCCAAUAAAGAGUGAACAGUUUAUGAUAUUUUUAUGGACAUAAUGCUCAGGAGGGGAAAAAAGUACAUAUCUCACAAAUUCGUGUAACAUAUAUGUAUAUUUGUAUGUUUUAUAUGAUGGCAUGAAGGGGUGGUUCAAGGCACAAAAAACUCAGAGAUAUAUUCAUUUAGACAUUUUUUCAAAAAAUAUUCUAAAUUGCUGCUCCUGUUUUUUCAAUCUACUAGUUUUGCAUCGCCUAGAUCUCUAUCCUAGCUAGUACUCCAUAUAACAAUGGCUUAAAUAACUGUAUCGCAAAUAAAGUAUCUUAGUCACAUUUAGACUCAGAUUGAUCAAUCAGUCAAUGAGUUUUACCUGCAUUUUAGUACUGAAUCAUUUAUUUAUUUUUAUUUAUCAAUAUUUAAUGCAAUACAUUUAUUCAAGGCACACUCUUCAUUUUCAGUCAAAUAAUUUUUCAUUUUAUCAUAUGUACAAAGUCAUUAUUUCAUCAAAAAUAUUGUAUUUCAUUGUAUUUACAUGUACUAUACAAGUAUUGUAUAUAGAUUGUACAUAUUGUACAUAAGCAAUGUAAAAAUAUACUUUAGAAUUACAACGUUUUGGUUUUGUUUCACAUUGAAUGUCUUUUCAUGGUUAAAUUCCUUGGUAGGUGAAAACAUUUUUAUAUCAUCACAUGAAGUUUUGACAUAUUGUUAUUGGACAUAUCCCUUUUAUUUCACUUAAAGUUUUUCACUUAAAGUUUUCACUCCAUAAUAAUACUGUGCACAAUCCUGAUGGUUUUCCAUGCCAUCCAAAUUGCAGGUAAAGAUGUGAGAUUCUUCUUUAAAAGGACAGGCCUUUAGAUCUUGGACUUGAUAUCCCUUCUUUUUAGAGAACAAUAAAUUCCUGACUUAGGCCUAUAUUAUAUUACGCCUUUGUUCCCUAAAAAUUGCAAAAUCAAUAUCUGGAAAAUAUAUUUGGCAAAACAGCGUUCAAAGUAUCCUUAAGAAUUAGUAUUCACAAAUUUUACAUCACAUACCCCUGUAUGUAUAUAUAUAUAUACAAUGCAAUCAAAAAUGCAGAAUCAAAAGUCAACUCAAAUCUCAUCACAAAAAAAAACACAAAAUAUAUAAAUACUUUAUAUAUACUUUAAAUGUCAAAAUUAACUUGGAUUAGAUGGUGAUAUUUUUCAUGUAGGUCACACUGUAAAAUUUGAAUUUCUGACACAAUGUCCAUUUAAGACAAUUUUUAUGUCACCACCAGAAUUGGUGACAUAUUGUUAUAGCCUC